AUGAAAGUAGCCUGCUCUUUAUUGAGCAGUGGCAAAUACCUUUUAGAUCCUGAACUCCGAGCACGCCAGGUUGUUCAUGUAGCCAGAAAUUCUGACAUUCAGUUUUGCAAAUCAUUUUGGUCACUCCUAGAAAAUGAUCUUUCUUCACAUCUGCCAUUGUUAUCUGGUUUUAUGGUUCAAGUGAAUGCCAUUAUCACUCUUCCCCCGGUGACUUUUGAACUACCUGCAAGGGACCCAAGUAAAGAAAAAACUGUAAAAGUAUCACCACCCUCUGUUUAUACAGGAGCAACAUCUGUUCAAUUCCGAUUAAUCUCUUCUGAAUACAGAGAAGGACAGGAAAUCUUACUAAAGAACCUGUCAAUCUUAAGACUUUCUGCCAAAAAUCAGCCUCUUUCACGGAGCCUUUUGUUCCAUAUCCAUGGUGGAGGAUUUGUGUCACAAUCAUCCAAAUCCCAUGAGGUUUAUUUGCGGCAGUGGGCACGAGAUCUGAAGGUUCCUGUCAUAUCGGUUGACUAUUCUCUGGCACCUGAGAAUCCAUUUCCACGUGCUCUUGAAGAAUGUUUCUAUGUCUUGGUGCCCUCACCAUCUCGUCUCCUCAGCGUCAUGGAUCCACUUUUACCAGUUGGUGUCAUGCUUAAAUGUCUUGAUGCCUACAUUGGAACUGCCACAGUAUCCUAUAACUAUGGUCAAAGAGAAGAGAACCAUGAAGAUGAACCAAUUGAGGAAUCUCCCAAUACAGCUCAACUGACUGUCAACCCUGAGUUCUCCUCUUGUCCUGCCACUCCACUUACUGACAAUGAGCGGUUACAUUUAGAGGCAAAAGAUUUAGAAAACAAUAUUAUCCAACCCCCAAACACCUUCCUUCCUUCAGAUAUUGGAGACUUAUUUGGCACUUCCAAGUCUCAAACACCUUCAGAGAAAUCAGAUUAUUCAACACCACAAGGCUUGUCUCCAGUGAAAGUCACCAAUAAUCAGGUUUCCCUUUCUGACCAAGAAGAUGAAGAUGGCUGGGAGGACAUAUGUAAUAUUGUCAUACCACAGACAAUGCCAUUGGUUGAAUCUGAGGAUAUUGUCUUCUCUCAGUUCUCAGAUCAAACCCCAAGCUCAGCUGCUGUGGAUAGUUAUUCUUCAGUUAGGCAGCAACUCUUCAAGACCAGUCCUGAUAGUGGAAUCUCACUAAAUGAUAGUCGCUCUAGAAACUGUGAUAAAAAUUUUGUCUCUGAACCCAAUUUGGACCUUGAUUCUUCUUCUGGUCUACCUUCUUCACCCAAUCCAAUCAGCCAUAGUAUCUCAACCCCUGCAUUUCACAUCAGGCGACCAGAAAAUGUCAAUAUCAGAAGACCCCACCUUACAUCUUUUGAGCCACAAAAUGUUCAGUUGGCUCUUGAACGUUUCCUCAAACUGCCUGUGAUAAAGAAUCCUUUGGUUUCUCCAAUUUUUGCAUCUGAUGAACAGUUGCGAAUGUUUCCAGAAAUCAGUUUAGUGACUUGUCAUUUUGAUCCAUUGUUGGAUGAUUCUGUUCAACUCUGCAAAAGGAUGAGGCAGUUAGGAAAAACAGCCGACCUAACAGUUUUAGAAGACCUUCCUCAUGGUUUCCUUAAUUUUGCACUAAUAAGCAAGGAAGCACGGCAAGGAUCAAAUGUUUGUGUUUCUAAACUUCGCAAACUGCUACAAGUUAGCUGA